UUCCUCUUCCUACAGUCAACGAAGUAAAAGGAUGGACUAAAACAGAACAACUAAUAAAAUUUUUGCGCACACAAAACCUAGGACUUGAGGAUAAGCAUUUCAAUAUUCUUCGUGAACAAGAAGUUAAUGGCAAAUCCUUCCUUAGGUUAAACGUGAAUGAACUAAUGCAAGAUGAGCAAAAGCUUCAAG